AUGGAGAACAACCGAUACUUUGCUCUUCCCGAUGGUGUCGAGGGCAAUGCUGACUCAACCUUUGCCCAAUACAACAUGCCUAAGCAUACUGAGCUUUUGGCUGGUAUUCGACUACCGGCCAUCGACGUAUCUACUUUCGAGCUGAACCCGUCUACUAUUCCGAUGUUGGGCAAUAAUGCUUUCCGGGGUAGGCCGAACGAAGACCCGAACGCACAUCUAACUCGCUUUAAGAUGAUGUGUCGUUCUAUCAAGAGAGAUAACAAGGUGACAGAGAAUACACUCCGACUGAUUGCUUUUCCUUGGACUCUCUUGGAUGCUGCUUUGGAAUGGUGUUACGAUCUGACACCCGAUUCCAUCCACACCUGGGAACAGCUGGAAGUGCAGUUUAUGUCAAAAAUUUUCCCAGCUCACCGCACUGAAGCAGCUCUUUCUGGCAUUCAUUCAUUCAAGCAGGAUCAUGGGGAAAGCCUUUAUAAAGCUUGGAAGAGGUACAAAGGAUAUCAGAAGUCUUGCCCUCAUCACGGGCUUGACAAGAACUACUUGAUCAACACCUUCUUCCGAGGACUCAGAAUGGAUACCAAGACUUUGAUCCGAGCUUCGUGUGGUGGGAGCAUCCAGAACAAGUCAUUCACUGAGCUAGAAGAUCAUAUUGAGAUGAUGGCCCAAGAAGAAGACGCCCCGAGCGAGUACUCUAGUGAUCCGCCAAGGGAAUGCAAUGAUCAGACCAUACAGAUGGUUCUUGAACAAUUGGCUGUCCUCAAUGCUAAGCUCGAAGAUUCCAACCGACCCUCUAGGACUAAGCAUUUGAUGCCAACACAAGAGGAGCUUGGUAUGUACGCGUUGGAUGAGAGAGUCGAAGGUGUAAACUACGUGGCCAAUAACGCCUACUCGAACACGUACAAUCCAGGGUGGAAGAAUCAUCCCAAUCUCUCCUACAAGUCAAACAAUGUGGAGAAUCCCGUGCCGAACAACUUCAGAGCAUCCGACAACUCGAACCAGAGGAUUCCUCCCAGUUUUUCUUUUCAAUCCAGGGUCCUAAUCAAACAUCCAACUACAGAGCUCCGGGGCAAUUCUAUAUUAAUUCCACACCUCCAGGUAGACGUUGAAGACCGACCGAUGGUUGAGCGAGGAAAAAGCUCGAAGACUGCAGUUGUAGACAUCCCCGAUGAUGAACCUGAACCGGCUUACGUGCGUCCUCCUCCUAGGCCACCACCAGUACCAUUUCCAUCUUGCUUGAGGAAGCAUAACGAAGACAGCCAAUUCGCAAAGUUUGUUGAGAUGCUGAAGAAACUCGAGGUAACCAUGCCAUUCACUGAUGCUAUUUCGCAGAUUCCCUCGUAUUUGAAGGAUAUCCUGAUAAAAAAGAGGGUCGUUGAGAAAGAAACCGUAGCGCUUACUGCCGAAUGCAGCGCUUUGAUCCAACACGAGCUUCCGCUUAAGCGAAUGAAUCUUCAACUUGCCGAUCGUUCCAUUAAAUACCCUGCUGGGAUACUUGAGGAUGUGCCACUGAAAGUUGGGAACUUCUAUAUCCCGGUUGACUUCGUGGUUCUCGACAUGGACGAAGACUCUAAGGUACCUAUAAUUCUUGGUCGUCCAUUCGUUAACACUGUAGAUGCUAUCAUUCAUGUUCGAGCAGGUCGACUCACUAUGAAGAUUGGCGAUGAGACGGUAGAAUUUACUCUGGACAAAAUUCUAAAGCAACCGUAA